GGAUUUCGGUUUCAAUGAUCGUCCAUUGCAGAAGUAGCUAAAUCGGGGUAAUGAUGAAUCCAAUUUUGCUUGCCGCUAUUCCAAUUAUUUCUUUUUUCUUCCUACUACUAAAAAGAAGGAAGGCCAACUCACAGAAGGUAGCUCUCGUACCUUCACCUCCGAGACUUCCUUUCAUAGGUAAUCUCCACCAACUUGGCUCGAUUCCCCAUCGCUCGCUCUACAAGCUUUCAAAGCAGCAUGGACCUUUGAUGCUUCUUCAUCUUGGUAGUUUUCGAACUCUAGUAGUCUCAAGCCCCAAAAUUGUUGAAGAGGUGAUUAGAAACAAUGAUAUCGUAUUUGCAACUCGUCCAAUGACGAAGCUAACGGAUGCUUUGUCCAACAACAAGAAUGACAUAGCCUUUGCUCCAUAUGGAGAGAAUUGGAGACAAAUGAAAAAGCUUGCCAGAACCCACCUUCUUAGCUCACAAAAAGUGAAGUCCCUGAGCUUCGCUCGGGCAGAGGAGUUGUCUCUUUUGCUUGGAAAAGUUGCGGAUGAAACUUCGAGGGGUAAUGGAGUUGUAAAACUCACAGAGAUGUUAAAUUCUUACGUAACCAAGUUGAUAACUAGAGUGAUUUUAGGAUCAUGGAUAACUGAAGAGAAAAAGGCACUUUGGUCUAAACUAUCACACGAGUCUUCAACUUUAGUUUUUCAAGCUUUCUUUGAGGAUUUUUUUCCAAAUUUAAAAUGGCUAGAUGUGCUAUGCGGAUUAGAUAGAAAGCUCAAGAAUUACACGAAGAAUCGGGAUGCUACUUUUGAUGCAAUUAUUAAGAACCAUGGUCAUGAGUCAAAGGAGGUGAACGGUAAGAAUAGCACUUACUUCAUUGAUACGUUACUUGAUUUGCAGAAUGAUUCGAGCUUGGGGUUUGUCCUCACAGACGAUCACAUCAGGGGUCUUAUAUUGAAUUUGAUUGUUGCUGGAAUAGAGACAACAUCCACAACUCUGGAUUGGUGCAUGGCAGAACUUAUGCGAAAUCCUGAAGUGAUGAAAAAGGUAAAGGACGAACUGAGAAAAGUGGCUCAUGGAGAAGACAUGAUUAGUGAAGAACAGUUAGGCCAACUGAGCUACUUUAAGGUUUUUAUAAAAGAAGUCAUUCGGCUGCAUCCACCUGUUCCAUUAUUGCUUCCUCGAGAGUCAUUGCAAGAGUGUCAAAUACAAGGCUACAAUAUUCCUAAGCAAACUAGACUAGUCUUCAAUGCAUGGGCUUUGGGGAGAGAUGAAUCGUAUUGGGAAGCACCAGAACAGUUCAAGCCAGAAAGAUUCUUUGAUUGUACAGUAGACUACAAGGGUAAUGAUUUUUUCUUCAUUCCAUUUGGUGUUGGUCGUAGGAUUUGCCCAGGAAUGAAUUUUUCAAUGGCUAUUAUUGAGAUUACUCUGGCAAAUCUUCUGCAUCGCUUUGAUUGGAGUCUGCCUAACGGCAUAACUAUUGACGAUAUAGACAUGGAUGAAGGUGGAGAAGUAAUUUCUUUUCGGAAACAAAAGUUGGAGUUGGUGCCAACAGCUUGUAAGGUUAAUUAAAGCUACAUAAUGUCAUUUUAAAUAAGAUGCUAUGAUCAUCUCAUAUAUUUGAGAACAUCAUUCUAUGUAAUACAUUCGUGCACUAAAUGUUUGAAACCACUAAUAAUAACAUAUUCCUAUUAUGUAAAAGCAUAUGCUUAGUAGUUUAGCGAUCAUCAUACAGAAAAAUUAAAUAAGGAAUUAAGAAAAUAUAGCUUUAUAGAAGAAGUGGAGAGAAAACUAACAUUUUCAGUGUUACAUUGUAUAAGGCCACCACCUCAAUAUAUUACAAGUUCAUCAUU